AUGCUCUCUCGUAAUCACUUCGAGACACCGUUGUUGUCAUCAGCUCGGCUUGCGAACCAAACCUUGGUCAUAUACGGUCAAUCGGCCGCUACAGCGACGGCUACGCUACACCAACGAGGCUACAGGGCCAUUUUUUUACCUGGCAACAUCUCUUCCUACAAGACGAUCUAUCCAAAAGGGCUGACAUCGAAAACCGGGUCAGCUUUGGAUAUUGCCCUGCUCUCUGAGGCCUUACAAAAAAAGAUGGAUUCCGAUCGAGGUGGUCGUCUGUGGCGAAGCACCUCAGCCUCUCGACUUCGUACUGUCAGUUCUAGGUCGAGCACUCCAGCGACCAGAGCAAAACCACCAUGGAAGUGA